AUGGCGAGUGAGCCCAAGUACUCGGUCCUGCUCCCGACGUACAACGAGCGCGAGAACUUGCCACUGAUCGUCUGGCUACUGGACACGACGUUCGCUAAAAACAACCUCAAGUACGAGAUCGUAAUCAUCGAGGACAAUAGUCCUGAUGGAACUCUACAGGUGGCGCGUGACCUGCAGCAGAUCUACGGCAAAGACGCAGUCGUCAUCUUGCCACGCGCAGGUAAAUUGGGACUGGGGUCGGCUUACCGCGACGGUCUGAAGCAAGCAACAGGCGACUUUGUGUUUCUCAUGGACGCCGAUCUCUCGCACCACCCCAAGUUCAUCCCAGAGUUUAUCAAGAAACAGGCAGAAGAGAACUGCGACAUUGUCACAGGCACGCGCUACGUGUCGGGUGGUGGUGUGUACGGCUGGGACCUGCGUCGUAAGCUGACGAGCCGCGUGGCCAAUUACCUGGCGACAGUGCUGCUGAAUCCUUCCGUGACGGAUCUCACGGGCAGUUUCCGUUUGUACAAGCGCGAAGUCCUCGAGGACAUUAUGCAGUCCAUUCAGGGGCUGGGCUACGUUUUUCAGAUGGAGAUUCUCGUGCGGGCACGCCAACGCCAGUACUCUAUUGCCGAGGUGCCAAUCACCUUCGUUGAUCGUAUCUACGGCGAGUCCAAGCUAGGUGCCGGGGAGAUCGUCGCGUACCUCAGGGGUCUGCUGAACCUUUUUCUCACAACAUGA